AUUCACCCGGAGAGUUGAGAGGCGCAUAGCGGCAGCGGAUCCCAGAAAGGCAGUCGGUCCUUCCAAGGAGUUAUGGAUGUUGGUGCAUUCAUUUCUGGCCACAUCUGCACCCAGAGGGAGCUAACUAGCGGCCGCCACCUCCAGCUGUCUCCUUGCCUCGCACCAGGUCUUACCCUUCCAGUAUGUUCCUUCUGAUAAGACAAUUUCCAGUGCCGAGAGUUUCAGUACAAUGUGGAAAUGGAUACUGACACAUUGUGCCUCAGCCUUUCCCCACCUGCCCGGCUGCUGCUGCUGCUGCUUCUUGUUGCUGUUCUUGGUGUCUUCUGUCCCUGUCACCUGCCAAGCCCUUGGUCAGGACAUGGUGUCACCAGAGGCCACCAACAAUUCCUCUUCCUCUUCGUCCUCCUCUUCCUUCUCCAAUCCUUCCAGUGCGGGGAGGCAUGUGCGGAGCUACAACCACCUCCAAGGAGAUGUCCGCUGGAGGAAGCUAUUCUCUUUCACUAAGUACUUUCUCAAGAUUGAGAAGAACGGGAAGGUCAGCGGUACCAAGAAGGAGAACUGCCCGUACAGUAUCCUGGAGAUAACUUCAGUGGAAAUCGGAGUUGUUGCCGUCAAAGCCAUUAACAGCAACUACUACUUAGCCAUGAACAAGAAGGGUAAACUCUACGGCUCUAAAGAAUUUAACAAUGACUGUAAGCUGAAGGAGAGGAUAGAGGAAAAUGGAUACAAUACCUAUGCAUCCUUUAACUGGCAGCACAAUGGGAGACAAAUGUAUGUGGCAUUGAAUGGAAAAGGAGCUCCCAGAAGAGGACAGAAAACACGAAGGAAAAACACCUCAGCUCAUUUUCUCCCAAUGGUUGUACACUCAUAGAGGAAGGCAGUGUUUGUGGGUGC